CUCCGUCUCGAGCUCAAAUGAGCUGUUUGCUGUUGUAGGGAAACAUUAGCGCGCGACCACGCAGCCAGCCAGAGGGGGGGGGGGACGUCACAGCGCAACUUUUCUCUCAGCGCGCUCUCUCGCUCGCGCGCGCGGCAGAGGGACGCGGACAUGCCUCAGCUGAGCAGCGGCGGCGGGGACGACCUGGGGGCCAACGACGAGAUGAUCGCCUUCAAGGACGAGGGCGAGCAGGAGGAGAAGAUCCCGGAGAACGCCUUCACGGAGCGGGACCUGGCCGACCUCAAGUCCUCCCUGGUCAACGAGUCGGAGACCAGCCAGAGCCCCGGCGCGGCGGCGGUCCGGCGGGGACAGCAGGCCGAGCAGCGGGGCUUCACGGAGAAACACCGGCAGCAUCACGACGGAGUGUCCAAGCAGCAGGAUGGAGGCAUGUACAAGACGGCGUACCAGGGGUAUCCGUUCCUCAUGCUGCCGGACCCCUACCACCCCAACAGCUCCGUGUCUCCAUCCUCCAACAAGGUGUCGGUGGUGCAGCAGUCCCACGGGAUCCACCCGCUGACCUCCCUCCUGCCCUACAGCAACGAGCACUUCAGCCCGAGUCCUCCUCACCUGCCCACAGACAUGAGCCAGAAGACAGGCGUUCACAGGCACCAGUCCCAGGACCUCUCAGGGUACUACUCCCUCCCUCCAGGCGGGGUCGGCCAGAUCACUCCUUCCAUGGGCUGGCAGAGCCAGCCCGUCUAUCCGGGCCUGUCGCCCUGCGGAUUCAGGCAGCCCUACUCGUCCAACCUCUCCGGCGCCGCCUCCUACUCCAGGUUCCCCCACUCUCUGAUGCUCGGCCCGUCAGGCAUGCAUCCUACAGGGAUCCCCCACCCAGCCAUAGUGCCCCCCACAGGCAAACAGGAGCAUGACCAGUACGACAGGGGCAUGUACAUGAAGCCGCAUGUGGAGGCCAAGCGGGAGAAGGAGCCCAAGAAGCCGGUGAUCAAGAAACCGCUGAACGCCUUCAUGCUCUACAUGAAGGAGAUGAGGGCAAAGGUCAUCGCCGAGUGCACAUUAAAGGAGAGCGCCGCCAUCAACCAGAUUCUGGGACGAAGGUGGCACGCUCUGACCCGAGAGGAGCAGGCCAAGUACUACGAGUUGGCCCGCAAAGAGAGACAGCUCCACAUGCAGCUCUACCCCACCUGGUCCGCCAGAGACAACUACGAGGCGGGCCUUAGCGGGGUCGCAGGGGAAAAGAGUAAAGCUGAUUGGGGAAAAAAGAAGAGGAGGAAAAGGGAGAAGCUGCAGGACUCCAGCACAGACCCGGGCUCUCCUAAGAAAUGUCGGGCUCGCUUCGGCCUCAACCAACAAACGGACUGGUGCGGUCCCUGCAGGAGGAAAAAGAAGUGCAUUCGCUACCUUCAAGGAGGAGGCUGUCCCAGCCCAACUUCUUCAGAUUUAAGUGCUAUAGACUCUCCGCCCUCCCCGACCCGCCACCGCCUCCACCAGCACCUGCCGCCCGUCUCCCCGGGCCGCUCCCCCCCCUCCCCGUCCACGCGCCUGCCCCCGUCCCCCCCGCUGUCACAGGUGCGCUCGUCGCACGCGCGCCCGCCGCCCCCCCGUCAGCCCGCCGCCAAACGCACGCACACGCGCCCGGGGGCGAGCGGCGGGCUGACGCACGGCUCCGCCUCCACGGCGCUGUCGCCCGCCGAGGCCUCGGGACUUUCUCUCACAGUCCUAAUGGAGGCGCCGUGAUGUGACCUUUGACCUUAGCCUCCUCCAGCAACAACGUCUUCUCUCACUCUCAGUUUUUACCCCCCCCCCUCCCUCAGUCUGCAUCAUAAAACACCGUCCUCCAAUCAGCCUUCAGAUCAGGCCUCCAUAUUCAUUUAACCAAUCAGACCACAUGUGUGACUCCCUGGUCAUGACCUUAAAUGUUGUAGAAGGUGGAGGGGGAACAGCCCCCCCCCCCAGCGAGGAUUGAAGGGUCCUUUGGCUCCCUCUGCUGCCGUUUAACUGCAACGACGCCGGGACUUCUUGCCUCUGGAGAAUGGUUUUUAUUUGAAAUCUUUGACCUUCAUGACAAUCACAAACGUAAAGUUGUGUAAAUGAGCUCUUUUAGGGAAACAAGCAGCAGCAGCUUUAAUUAAAUGACACUUUCACCUUUUUAUUAGCAGUAAGAGUUUAAUUCCACUUCCCUUUUUAUACAGAGUAAAUAUUCUCACUUUUUGGCACUUCGUCGCUCAUCCGACUUGUUCCUGUACCUGGGGGGCCAGGUGUUCGCUGUGGGACCUUUAAAGGGUUUUAAGUGUCUUUUUUUCUCCUCCUGGACACUUGCCGCUCUGUAAACUAUUCUGAGACCAAAUGGGUACCAUUAUAUUGCAUUGUGUUGUAAAGUUUUAUAAAUGUUGGAAUUCCAUAUAAUUACUUGUUUCUAUGUAAAAAAAAAAAAAAAAAAUUUAAAAGGGGGCCGUU